CAUCAUUUAACCCGUAGGACCUCUAAGCGCAGACGCGUCUACAGUGCAAGGACCCCGGUCUCGGCCAUACGGUAGAACUUGUCGCCCUUGUCGGCGCCUUGUCAUUUCAGCAGAAAUAUCGGUUGACGAUAAUAUCCGAACAAAGUUAUUCACGACCAGCGCAACGUUCCGCAACACUGGUUGGCACUCUUCCAUUUUGGGUCACGGUGCAUAGAACAACAAGGCGCCUCCUACUAGGCAUCAAUGAGAGCACCUUGAGCUACUAGAACUACCCAACAGUCGCCAACACCAGCGCAUGCGAUGCUUCGAACCUGCUCUGCGAGGCUCCCUGGCCUGGCACGUACAUACACUAGCCGUGUGAGCAGGUCAAAGCAAGUGGCAUCGCUUUUAUCAACAUCUGCAAAAAGGACGUUUACAGAUGCCGCUCCUUCGCCGAGGGAACCCACAGAAUUAGAUAAUGUUACUACACUUCCAAACGGAAUAAGGGUUGCCUCCGAGGCCCUCCCCGGGGCCUUUUCAGGGGUUGGCGUUUAUAUCGAUGCAGGCUCUAGGUAUGAGAACGACUAUUUACGCGGCGCUAGCCAUAUUAUGGACCGCCUUGCUUUCAAGUCGACACAAAAGCACACCGCGGAUGAGAUGCUGGAGGCAGUUGAGCAUCUGGGAGGAAAUAUCCAGUGCGCCUCCUCGCGGGAGUCCAUGAUGUACCAGGCUGCCACCUUCAACCAGGCCAUUCCGACUACCGUUGGCCUGCUGGCCGAGACGAUACGAACCCCUAACCUUACAGACGAUGAAAUCUCUCAGCAACUUGAGACCGCCCAAUACGAAGUUACGGAAAUCUGGUCAAAGCCCGAUCUGAUAUUGCCUGAGCUCGUGCACACGGCAGCUUUCAAGGACAACACUCUUGGAAACCCGUUGCUUUGCCCCCAGGAAAGACUAGGUUCCAUCGACCGACACGUCAUCUCAGCUUAUAGGGAUGCGUUCUACCGCCCGGAGAGGAUGGUUGUGGCCUUCGCUGGCAUUCCGCACAUGGAUGCUGUCAAGCUCACUGAGCAGUACUUUGGGGACAUGAGGGGGAAGCCUCCGCCAAAAGCCCAAGAAACCUCCACAAUAGCGUUAGAUGAGGCCGCAGCUGCACAACAACAGCAGCAGCAACAGCCUGGCCUGCUUAGCAAGCUGCCGUUCUUCAAAAACACCUCUAAACCCACCUCUCCUAGCCCAUUACCCACGGCUCCCCUGGAUACCGGUGCUUCCCACUACACCGGUGGCUUCCUCACUCUAGCCCCUCAACCGCCCCCUUUGAACCCCAACAUACCCAACUUCACUCACAUUCAGCUCGCUUUCGAGGGUCUCCCCAUCCUCGACGACGACAUCUAUGCCCUCGCAGCCCUGCAGACCCUGCUAGGCGGUGGCGGCUCCUUCUCCGCCGGCGGUCCUGGCAAGGGCAUGUACUCGCGCCUUUACACAAACGUCCUCAACCAACACGGUUGGGUCGAGUCAUGCGUGGCGUUCAACCACUCUUAUACCGACUCUGGCCUCUUCGGCAUCGCAGCUUCGUGCUUCCCCGGCCGCACGGCCAGCAUGCUGGAGGUCAUGUGCCGUGAGCUCAGGUCCCUGACGCUUGACAAGGGCUACUCGGCCGUGACCGAGGUUGAGGUCAAUCGGGCCAAGAACCAGCUGAGGUCAAGCCUGCUGAUGAACCUCGAGAGCCGCAUGAUUGAGCUCGAGGACCUCGGUAGGCAGGUCCAGGUCCACGGCCGCAAGGUGCCUGUGCACGAGAUGACGCGCCGCAUCAACGCGCUGACCGUCGAGGAUCUGCGCAACGUCGCCCGGAGGGUGGUCGGCGGCAUGGUCGAGAACCCGGGCAAGGGCAGCGGUGCCCCGACCGUCGUUCUUCAGGAGGCGACCGCUGUUGGUGUCACAAACAAGCAGCUGACUUGGGACGAGAUCCAGAACAUCAUUCGCCAGUGGCAGCUUGGCAGGCAAUGAAAAGGGGGGUUCGGCUCAGUCACGGAAACCCUUUGUUAUUUGAUGUGUACAAUAACGGCGUGUUUUUUUAAUAACAAACUUGUAAACUAAAAAAAAAAACUGUAAUGGUGUCCGUCGCAACUACCAUAUGAAUAUAGAAACCGGCAUGAGAGCAUCCCAUCGAGCAUUAGUAAUAAUCUAACAAAUCUAACA